AUGGCUGUCACACGAACCAUUUUUCUCGCCAUGGCUGUGAUGGCCAUCCUGAGCACCGCAUCAGCGGCGAUCUACAACGUUGGCGAGCCCGGCGGAGCGUGGGACCUCAGCACCAACUACGGCACAUGGGCAUCCUUCAGGAACUUCAAAGCCGACGACCAGAUCGUCUUCAAGUACUCCCCUCAAGCGCAUGAUGUCCUCGAGGUCAGCAAGGCCGACUACGACUCCUGCAGCACCGCCAGCCCCAUCACCACCCUCAACUCUGGGAAUGAUGUCGUCACCCUCACCGCCUCCGGCACCCGGUACUUCAUUUGUGGCUUCCCUGGCCACUGCGCGGGUGGCAUGAAGGUCAAGAUCGAUGUCAUGUCUGGCUCCUCCUCGUCACCCGCCCCAGCCAGCGGACCAAGUGCAAGCAAUGCUCCCCCGCCGACCCCUGUCUCCACUGCCACCAAUGUGGAGGCCAUCGGGUAUGGCCUCGCCGUUUUUCUUGCCGUUGCUGGCCUCAUGGCUUGA